CUAUCUUUAUGAGCUACAAUGCAGUAAAUCAUGGCUGACCAACAAAGCUUUCACAUAGCCAUGUACCCAUGGUUUGCCUUAGGCCACCUUACCUCAUUUCUCCAUAUCUCUAACAAACUUGCGCAGAGAGGCCACAAAAUCUCAUUCCUCUUGCCACCGAAAACCAAACCCAAGUUUGAGCCUUUCAAUCGUUUCCCAGAUCUCAUAACCUUCAUUCCUAUCAAAGUUCCAGACGUAGAAGGUCUCCCUCCUGGCACUGAGACAACAAACGAUGUCCCUUUCCCUUUGCAUUCUCUUCUAAUGACUGCAAUGGAUCUCACAAAACCUAUCAUCGAGGCUUAUCUUUGCGAUCUCAAACCCCAUUUUGUCUUCUUUGAUUUCACUUAUUGGUUGCCAGAAGUGUCAGGUAGGCUUGGCAUUAAAUCUGUUCAUUAUUGUACCAUUAGUCCAGCUACCGUUGGUUACCUGAUAAGCCCUGAAAGAAAACUCCUUGAGAAAAGUUCGACGGAAGCUGAUUUGAUGAAGCCUCCACCAAGUUUCCCUCCAUCAUCGAUCAAGCUGCAUUCUCAUGAAGCUCGAGGACUAGCUGCCACUGCUGCAAAGAAAUGUGGCAGCGGCAUUUCAUUCCUGGUACGUCAAUUGCUUUCUUUCAGUGGUUCUGAUGCUAUCAGCUUCAAAGCAUGCACAGAAAUGGAAGGCCCUUUUUGUAAAUAUAUUGAAAAGCAAUUCGACAAGCCAGUGAUUCUGGCAGGGCCUGUUGUGCCAGAACCACCGAAUUCGGUAUUAGAUGAACAUAUUGCGAACUUCUUGGAUAGAUUCGAAGCGGAAAGUGUCGUGUUCUGUGCUUUUGGGAGUGAAUGUAUUCUUGACAAAAAUCAGUUUCAAGAGCUGAUAUUAGGUCUUGAACUCACAGGCUUGCCUUUUCUGGCCGCCCUAAAAGCACCAAUCGGAGCUGAAACAAUCGACUCAGCCUUGCCAGAAGGGUUUUCAGACAGAGUCAAAGGAAGAGGAUUUGUUUAUGGGAAUUGGAUUCAGCAACAGCUGAUCUUGAAGCACCAUUCUGUAGGGUGUUUUGUGACUCAUUGUGGAUCUGGGUCGCUAUCAGAAGCUCUAAUAAACAAGUGUCAAUUAGUAUUGCUGCCAAAUGUAGGAGAUCAAAUAAUUAAUGCAAGAUUGAUGGGUGGAGAUCUGAAAGUUGGGGUGGAGGUGGAGAAAGGCGAAGAAGAUGGCUUGUUUACAAGAGACGGUGUCUGCAAGGCUGUGAAAGCUGUAACAGAUGAUGAUAGUGAGGUACAGAAAGAGGUGAGAACAAACCAUACAAAAUGGAGAGAAUUUUUGUCAAGCGAAAGGCUUGAAGACUCUUAUAUUGAUGGCUUUAUCCAGAAGUUACAUGCUUUGUUGGGUUGAAAGAAGAUUAAUUAACCCUUACAAUAUGCCCUUUCAUGAGUAAUUUUUUUUAUUAAAAGGUUUUUAUGAAAAAAGAAAUUAUGAUUGUGGAUUUAAUCUU